AUGUCAGGGGUUGAAGCCCAUAAGUGAGAAGUCAAUGCUCCCUUGCUUAAAAAGAAAACGAAGAGGUGCCGGGGCUCAGUGCUGCCUCAAAUAUAUACGCCUGUGUUGGGGGACCUGGAAGCCCCGUCCUCUUAGACUGGCUGAGAGUUCUCUGUGGUUGCUCACUGUGAAACACAUGAACUCUGCACAUGCUCAUGGGCAUUCUUUUAUUCACAUAUUCCAGGACUGAGCGGAGGCUUUCCAAACCGCAAUUUAGAAAGGAAAGGCAGCAGGGCAUGUUCCUGAUGGUCUCAUUUGCCACCCAGAUCGGGAGCACCUCAUCUAUCCUCUGGGCUGUACAGUCAUUGUCCAAGGCAUAAAUAUUCGCACCCAGGAUUUCUUACAUGGACACACCAACAAUGUUUCCUGUGUCACAGUUUCUCCUAGUGGUAGUUAUGUGGCUUCUGGCCAGAUCACAUUCAUGGGCUUCAAGGCAGAUAUCAUUUUAUGGGACUAUGCAAAAAAAGAAAUGUUGGCUCGGCUGUCACUUCACAAGGGUAAAAUUGAAAAUCUCGCCUUUUCUCCAAAUGAGCUUUAUCUAGUAUCACUGGGAGGUCAGGAUGAUGGAAGUAUAGUGGUGUGGAGUGUCUUGAAGAAAGAGGCCAUUUGUGGCAGUCCUGCUGCUGCUCGUAGUGCUGGGAACCCAACCGCAUUGGUGUAUUCCAACUGCAGGGACGAGAUGUUUGUUAGCGCUGGAAAUGGAACCAUUCGUGUGUGGGAAUUGGAUUUACCCAACAGAAAAAUCCGAGGAACUGAGUGUCAAACAGGGCAGCUAAAAAGAAUAGUUACGUGUGCUAUGAUGACGGAUGAUGACAGUUACUUCUACAUUGGCACAUCCACUGGUGAUGUGCUGAAAAUCAAUACAAAAAGCACACUGAUGAGUGACUAUGGCCCAGUGAAGGAGAAGUUCAGCCUGGGAGUCACAGCCUUGCUUUUACUGAAGGCAGGCGGCUUAGUCAUCGGCUCUGGAGCUGGAAUUGUAGCUCAUUGUUCAGGAUCCAACUAUAAAAUAAUCAAAAAAGUUCAGUUGCAAGGUGCCGUCACAUCCAUCACACCACGAGGACAGGGCCACCAGUUUUUUGUGGGAACCAAUGAAGCGCAGAUGUAUCGCUUUUCGUAUGCAGACUUUAAGGACGAGCUCAUAGCCACCUGCCACAGCGAGGCCAUCCAUGAUAUCAUUUUCCCAUUUGGUACAUCUGACUUGUUUGCUACCUGCUCCCAGAGUGACAUCCGUGUCUGGUAUACACCUGAAAACAGGGAACUGCUACGAAUAACAGUCCCCAACAUGACCUGCCAUGCCAUCGAUUUCAUGAGGGAUGGCAAGAGUAUCGUUUCAGCUUGGAAUGAUGGGAAAAUCCGUGCCUUCACCCCAGAAACUGGGCGGCUCAUGUAUGUGAUAGAACAUGCUCAUAGCAUGGGUGUGACAGCUGUGGCUACUACAAGUGACUGCAAAAGAAUCAUCAGUGGAGGAGGUGAAGGACAGGUGAGAGUAUGGGAGGUUGGCAAGGAGACACGCAAGCUGGAAGAAGUCAUGAAAGAGCACAUCUCUUCUAUUUCAUGCAUUAAGAUAAAGAAGAAUAACCGGGAGUGUGUCACAGCUAGCAUCGAUGGGACGUGCAUAAUCUGGGAUCUUGUACGCUUCAUGAGACGUCAGAUGAUCCUGGCCAACACCUUGUUUAAGUGUGUGUGUUAUCAUCCGGAUGAGCACCAGCUUAUCACAAGUGGAACAGACCGAAAGAUUGCUUACUGGGAGGUGUUUGAUGGAUCCCCAAUCAGAGAUCUAGAAGGUUCCCUCUCUGGUUCCAUCAAUGGGAUGGAUAUCACAUCAGAUGGAACCUACUUUGUUACUGGAGGUGAUGACCACCUAGUGAAAGUGUGGGAUUAUAAUGAGGGGGAAGUGACGUAUGUUGGGGUUGGCCACAGUGGCAACAUCACCUGCCUGAAGAUCUGCCCCAACAACAAAUACAUUGUGAGUGUAAGUGCUGAUGGCGCCAUCCUCCGCUGGAAGUACCCUCAUGUCCACUGAUGCUCAGAACGUCGUAUAGCAGCUGCUGCACUUUUUUAAAAAACUGGGUAAAAUAGUGACCCACACGUCAUGCAGGCUUACACUGAUGUUUCCAAUUGGCCUGCACUGCUCCGAGUGUCUAAGGAAUUACUGGCAGUCUUGUGCAAGAGUGAAAAUGUUUAGAGUUGCAGAUCUGCACUUCGGGAAUGCAAGCAAAAUAGGAAGUAAUAUGUUUAAGUUGCACUCCUAAAGUGCUGGUGCACAAUUUUAAGUAUUUGCAUUAAAGCUGUUAUGCAAGUCUGCCAGCACUUCCUUAGACACCCACAGCAGCAAGGAUAAUUGGAAACACUAUUGUACACUUGCUCAACAUGUGGACCAGUAUUUUUUUAAGUUGAAGCUGUUUUUAAAGUUUAGCAGCCUUUGCUGCUCUUUAGGGAGAUACUGGUUUGUUCUGGCGGGCGGGGGAGCUAGUUUGAAAUAGUCAGAACUUCCUGAUAUUAUUGUGCAUGGAGCCAGGUUCCUGCUGUUUUUAUUGGAUUCAGUUAGUGCUCAGUCACAUGGCUCUGUGAAUGUUGGGCCUGGAAAUUUAUAUUUAUGUUUGUGAAGCAUUCUGUUUGAAAUUUUAGUUAAGACGCUUUGUCAUGUCCUCCUUCUUUGCAAUAAACACUGUGCUGUGUAAAUCCA